AUGUCAAACCACCAGAGCUACCUCCAAAAACCCUUAGGAACCUCCAUACACAUCACCGCCUUAGACGGAAUCAUCCACGUAAACUCCAUCUUCACCCUCGCCGUCUUUAUCGGGCUAUCAUGGAACCCAAACGACCCAUCAAACACCCUAAUCACAGACCCAUCUUGUACCUCCUUCAACACCUCCAUCGCCGAAAAUAUAGUCGCCUUCCAUGUCUACUCCUUUUCUUCUUUCCUCUUCUCUAGCCUCGUCGCUCUGGGCCUCAAACAGGCCUUCCGCAUCUCGGCCCACCACGACUCUCACUGGGCUUUUAUCCAUACUUCGGGUCUUCGUGUUGGUAUGCUUGUCUCCGCCAUUGGAUCUGUUUCUGGGUGUGCUUUUCUGAUGUUGGCGUUGAUCAAUGUGGCACAGAUUAAGCUGGGGAGUUUGUCUUGUGGAAGUUCUCAUACUUAUGCUGCUGUUGUUCCUCUUGUUAUUUUGGUGCCUUCUGCUCUUCUUAUUUAUAUCGGAUUUGUUCUUUAUGCUUUUACUCGUUAGUUAGUUAGUAAGUUAGUGUAACCAUUAUUUCCAAGCGGAAUUGUUCUUUAUGGAAGUCAAUUGUUAUUGAUUA